CAGAAGGUUCACGCACCAUGUUUAUGGGAAAAUUGAUCCCGGUGGAUUUGCUACAAAUUUUGAGGUUGUGUGUUUUAUUGCAAUCCAAAGGGUUAGAAUAUAGGUUAUUUACGUCUUAUGUAGCGAGACCGAAAAAUCCACCAUUUUGUCGUAGAUUUUUUCAUCGUCCUCGGACGUUUUGGAUCUGCGAAGUCCACAUGGUACAAUCCAAAGCGAUUCCUGAAAAAAUGUAUUACUUUGAAACUGUGUGUGUCCUUUCGUUGCAAAAAAUUAAAUAACAUGAAUAAUAACAAGUGAAUUAUGUUUAAACAAAAAUCAAAAUAUAAAUAUGGUUAGCAAGGGUUUGUAUGUAAGUGUAGAUAUGGGACAGCCAG